AUGAUAUGGUGGUUUUUAAUUUCAAUAAAUUUUUUGUUUUUUCUUAUAAAAAGCUUUUUCACCCCCAAAGAUACGACUUAUAUGAACGACAUAAAUAACAACCAGGACAGCUCGUCGACAGAGAAGUACAUCCUGGGCGAAAACUACAACCUGACGAGCCUGAAGCUGAAAAUCGACUUCGGCUCGCUGGACACCGGGACGAAGAUAAUCGAGUACAGCAAGGGCAUCAUAAACAUCCGAUCGAUCCAACAGUACGACUAUGACAGUUACAUGCUGACGCCAUGCAAUUCUGACAUCUGGUGGAUCUACUCAUUCAGUGACAUUAUACACAUAGAAAAAAUCGGUUUAGUCUCCCUAGAGCACUAUGCGUCUAAUUUCAAAGUGAUAGAAAUCUUAGGGAGUGAUGUAUACCCAACCAAGAAAUGGAAAAAGCUAGGGAAAAUUGCCACCAACUUUACAAAGAGCUUUGAACUGUUUAAUAUUUAUGAUUAUUGUAAAAAUUAUGAUGAAGAUAACUGUUGGGUGAAGUACAUGAAAUUUGUUGUGCUCUCUCACCAUAACUUAGAAAAGAAUUAUUAUUGCACUUUGACGCAUUUGCAAAUUUUUGCCUCAUCUGGGGUUGAUAUGCUCAGCGAUAAAAUAUACUCCGAUGAUAACAUCACUCAGAUUGAAAAGGAUUUCCACGACAAUUACAAGCAUGGCAAAAAUGAAAACAUCCGCGACCAUGAGGUGAUAGAAAAUUUGGAGGUCCUCCUUGAGGAUAAGGAGCGCAUACAGGGUGGGGGGACUGCACCAGGGUUAGGCGACGGGCGAAAUGGGAACAGACACAUAGAUAAGAAGCAAAACGGGGAGGCACUCCACUCACCAGAAAUGCAAACGAGCGAAAAUAUCACAACAGAGCAACCCCCCAUGGGGGCACCUCCCCACAGUGCAACCCCCCCGACGGUGCCCAACUUUACCCCCUUCGAAGGCUCCUUCCUAGACCCUGAAACGAUAGAAGAAGAAUUAAUAGACACGGAUCUUAUCGAUUCAAAACUGAUGGACACAGAAUUGAUCAAAAAGGAGCUGAUGGAUACGGAGCUCAUCGAAAAGGAACUAAUGAACGCAGAACUUGUCGAGAGAGACUCCAAGGGGGGUCACAUUAACGAACCGUCACUUGACCAUUUAACAGAACAAAUAGGAAACGCGUUUGAUGAUAAGAGAGACCACGAAAGGAACACCAGCAAGGAGGAUGAAGUGAAUACAAGUCAACAGAAAGAGGAAGAGAAAGACAGAGCUAGUCUAUCCCCCUCUCUAGCCACGAAGCAGAAUUUGCUAAGCAAGAAGAAAUCCCAUCAGGGCGUCUCACCCCACUCGCUAGUUAUCCUGAACAAAGCUAUGAAGAAGAAAUAUGCUCUGCUUCAAAAUUUUAACAAACUCAGAAUAUCCAAGCUGUUAAAAAAUUACCCAUUUGUGAAUUACAAAAAUGUGGUUAACAAGUACAUGCCUUAUGUUGCCUACCUCAUGAGGCAUAAGGACCAGCUCAGUUACGAUCACCACAUGGAAGACGCCAUCCAAGUGGAUCACUUCUUCAAUCCAGUGGAUGAUGCACUCCUUGGGGGAAGCCCCCCGGGGGAGCAUGUCCCCACCCAUCGGCGAUUUCUCUCCCCCUUCCGUGUGCACAUGAGGAGGGUCUUUCCAAAAUUGCACAGCUGUGGGGAUAUCCAGAGACGCGUUCCCCAGCACAGUGGAACCACUCCACGCACGUCUGUCAAGAGGACCACUUCAUCGAAUCCUAGUGGGGCACCACCGAGGAAACCCCCCAAACUGCACUGCUACAACUACGGGGCUAUAAAAAACGUGCAAAAUAGUAUUCUGCAGAAUAGGCGUAUGUACCCCCUCCUGACUAUAUGGAAGCCCCGUCUCCUGUGCAGUCACGACAUAACCUGUUUGAAAAAACACGCGGGGGAUAUUAACAAACUGCUUACCUUUAGACGUAACUUGAUCAAGUCCACCAUCCGAAAGUAUCUCGUCUUCAUAUCUGGAAAGAGGCUGCCCCCCCCAAGGAGAAGAAGACAUAAAUUUUUGAAGAAAAAAAAAAGGAAAACCAGAAAAAAAAGGGGAAUAUUUAGAAACGUCUUCUUAUCAAAGCGGUUUAACAAAGUAGGGCAUAUAAAAAAAUUACACGUUUUUUACUCGCCCAUUUUUCGUUUCCCAACAUGCGACGCAUCGAGGUAUUUCCCCCACGAGGAGGAGGAGAAGAAGGACCCUCUCAUGACUUACAUUUUGGAAAAAAUGCAGCAACAGAGUAGAAUAAAGGACCCGCAAAUUUUAACCCCUCUGAAGGAACAAUCCCAGGACGGCUUGAUAAUGGUCUACCUCUUCAGUGAACUGAGAAAGGGCCGCGAAACACACAACUUGGAGAGCCUCAAAUGGUGCUUUGAUUUCAUGACCAAGUGGAAAAACACAUUCGACUCAGUGUUGCUUAUGUACUUCGUGAGAUGUGCCCCACUAGCUAGUCUGCGCAAUCGUGGCAGGUGUGUAGAUUUGAUGAAGAAUGGGCUCCUUUUGAAGAAGAGAGACAAAUCCACACUUGAGAAGGAACUGCACGGCCUUUUUUUUGCCCACUCGGAUAGAAGCAGGACUUGCAAAAGGCAGGACCGUUUGGAGAGAACGGAUCUGUCGUACUACGCCUACAGGGAGGAGGGUUCGGAGGAGGAUACAGAGGAGGGUGCAGAGGAAGAUGCGGUGGAGGGUGCAGAGGAGGACGCAGAUACUGGGGAGUACUACCCUGAUGGGGAACCCUUCCCAGUGGAACCGCCCCACCUGAGGGACCCCCCUAUAAAUCACCAAGUUAGUGUUGAACCCCCCCCAACGAUUAACACACUUACGCUGUACCUGCACAUGUUAAGAGGCAAAAACGUGCACUCGCGCUACCACACCAUGGCGCUGAUGAGAAGCCCCAGGGAUGUGAAGCUCUUACCGAAGCUGAUGGCAGAUAUUUGCAGUAGCCUGUCUAGCCGCAGAAUUGCAGAGGACCCAGCGAAGAGCGAAAGCUACGUAAGAGAAGUCGUCUCCGAUCAUGUGGCAAAUUGGGCGGAAAUUUUCACGGCAAAAUUCACUCCAAAUUGCUCACCAAAUUGCAGGCCAAAUCACCCCUUUUCAGAAAAACUGCCCACCGCUAAAAGUAAGCUAGUUUACACCAUAGCGGCUCGAAUGGAGAAAGCCACCCUCGUGGACCUCCCCCAUAGCGUGAGAAAUAGGGGAGGGUUGCUGCGCCCCCCACAGGAGGUGCCAAGUGUGCAGGAAAAAGAAGAAGUACAUUUGCAGUAUCGAAAAAAAGCCCAGUGCGAAGCGAUUACAGCACUAUUUGUGGACCUAAUUAUAAGCCGUAUAUCCACUUGGAGAAUCACCUUGGAAAGAGAAAAAAAAGACGUAUCAAAAAAGGAGCAGAGUGCGAAGGCAGGGGGAGGUACCGACCACCUGGAGGAGCAGUCAAAAAGGGCCUACAACGAAAAACCCAUCCAAAGGAGUCAACAUGGUCACCUGGAAGAGGCCAAGAUGUGCCUAACCCUAGGCGAAAUGGAAAACAUGAUAUACUCAGACAGGUACCUAAAACAGUACGUAGAGGAGGCGGGGAUACACAAAGAAAUGCAAAAAAAAGACAAAACGAAAAAUAUUAUAAAUGUAAAGUACAGAGAAAAAAACAAUGACAAAAGUAUAAAAAUUUUGAACGAAAUAAAAGAAACAGAAGAAAGCAACAGCAAACUUGUGAACGAAGUGUACGAUAUCAUUAGCGAAUAUGAUGAUAAUAACGAGUCGAAAAUAUAUUCUGUCAAAUUAAAAUCUGGAAAACAAAUCCCAUUAAUUAUUAACAAACCGGAAAAUAAAAUGAAAGAAAAAGCAAUAAACAGUGAAGCGAAAAAAAAAAAUAUGAAAGAGAAUAAAUUGCAAUACCUGGACGAAUUUGACCAUGUGCUGAAUGAUCACAUCCAGUACGAUCAUUAUGAACAGAAUUGCAUACGAGAAGAAAAAAUUGAAGAAAAAGCAAAAAAUACGAGAGGACAUGCCCUACUAACAUUGGUAGAUAAAGUAAAAACUAUUGAAAAUAAAAAUAAUUACGUAAUUUCUAAAUUGAAAGAUGUUAUAAAAAUCACAAACAACAAAACGAAGAUUAUCUACCACAUGUUGUCCAAUUUUAAAAUUUUACAAAACACAAUUAGCCUUCUGCUAAAAUAUAUUAUGAUAAACGAAAAAAAUAUGAAAAAUUUACACAAAAAUAGAAACAAGUCAGAAUCCUUCUUCAAAAUUUUGAAAGAUAUUUGCAUUUUACAAAUUAAUGAAAAAAAAAAACCCUUUGAUUCACUCCAGUAUAUUUGCAAAUAUUUACAAGAUUUGCUAUACGAUGAGAUAGAAAAAAUAUACCUUUUCGAAAAACCCACAAGAGGAGGAGCAGCAGGAGUAGGGCCAAGCACAAGUGGGGGAAGAAGAACGACUGCUGCCAACGGGGGGAGUACCUCUGCCUCCAUGGGCGGCAAGUUCCCAUUAUGCGGUGAAGAGGAAGAAAAUAUGCUGCUACAUAAUAAAAACUCCUUUCACGAUAAAAAUCCCAAUUUUAUUUUUAAAGAAAAAAAAAAAAGUAUUUUCAAUUUUUUGUAUUAUGAAAAUCAUUGUCAUAACGACAUAUUCAAGACCCCCCUCAUUUAUUAUAACUCCUCGGUGGACAGCCUUCAAACCUUUUAUUUUAAAAUUUACAAUUUUUUCAGGAAUUUACCCUUUUUUCACCACCUUGUGUAUAAAUUUAGGCACUACAAGAGAGUGCUCAUCAGCUACCUUAGCGGGGGCGCUGCCGGCGAUGCCGCCGCACAGUUUGGCAGUGCUCAGUUUGGCGGUGCACCGCCCACCGGUGCGCAGUUCGGCUCAUCACAUUUCGGCGCAUCACAUUUCGGCGGCGCGUACGGAGAUCCUCAGAAUAGAGGGAACCUGUACGCCUUCCUCCUGGGCCUCCUCCUGAUCCUUUUCCUCGUAAACAAUUUUUUCUGUUUCCUCUUGUACAAGCAUUUAUCGAAUAAGCUGAACAGGUUCGUUCAGGGCUGCACCUGCCACAGGAAGUGA